AUGGCCGAAAAGGCUGACAGCGUCUCCGAUGCGGCGCAGCCCGUGGAGCAGUCAGGAACAGUCAAGGUGAAGUGGUAUCGCACCCCCUUCUACAAUGCCACGAUUCUUGGCAUGUGCAGUUUUGCAGCUCCCGGUCUUUGGGGUGCGAUGAACUCUCUGGGUGCUGGUGGUGCCCAAGAGCCAUACCUCGUCAACACCGGGAACGCGCUUACUUUCUGCCUCAUGAUCAUCUCAUGCUGGCUUACAAGCUCUGUUGUCAAGUACGUCGGCAUCAAGGGUGCCCUGGUGAUUGGCACAAUUGGAUUUGCUCCAUAUAGCGCCGGCCUUUAUCUCAACAAUCGUUACGGCGUCGAAUGGCUCGUCAUCCUUGGUGCUGCCUUUUGUGGCGUUUCAGCCGGAAUUUUCUGGGGCUCCGAAGCUGCCAUUGCCAUUGCUUAUCCCGAACCUCACAACAGAGGGCGGAUGAUUGCUUACUGGCUCACUUGGACUCGAGUUGGUCAGAUCCUCGGCGGUGUCAUUAAUCUUGGGCUGAACGCCGACCGCAGUGGAGCUGGCAAGGUGUCAUACAAGGUCUACCUCAUCUUCAUUGCCUUGCAAGCUUGCGGACCCUUCGUGGCGAUGCUGCUGAACCGUCCACAAAAGGUUCAACGAGCCGAUGGGAAGCCAGUCCAACUGACUAUUGCCGAUGACCCAUGGCAAGAGAUCAAGGCCACAACGAAGACCUUUCUCACGCCAAAGUUUCUGCUUCUCAUCUUGUGGAUAGGCCAGGGCGUUUACUCUGAAUCCAUCUUCUUUACAUACAUCGCUCUUUGGUUCUCUGUUAGAGCUCGUGCCCUCGGAUCACUUCUCUCUGGCAUUGUCGCAGUCAUUUCUGGCAAUCUCCUCGGAUUGUGGCUCGACCAGAAUCAGAUCGCUCUGAGAAAGAGAGCUCGUUGGGCGUUUGCGGUCAUUAUGACCCUUCAAGGUGCCUGGUGGCUAUGGCUGACUAUCAACGUCACCGAGUACCGUCGCACUCAGCCCAUAUUUGAUUGGAGCGACCCAGGUUUCGGCAGAGGCUUCGGGGUUUUUAUCUUCUUGGUCGCUGGCUUCCAGCUAAACUACAACUUUGCAUUUUUCAUUAUUGGGCAGAUUUCAGAGAGCCCCCAGCAGACCAUUCGCUUGGCCGCACUCCUUCGAGGAACGGAGUCAGCCUGGCAAGCAGUCAGCUACGGACUCAACGCAAUCCCGAUUUUCGCACUCGUUGGCGGGCCGUAUAUUAACUUUGGGCUAUGGUUCGUGUCGAUUUAUCCAGCUUGGCUGGUCGUCAGACACCUAGGCAACGAUGCGAAGGAAAAUGAUGCAGAGACAGUUGCUCAGUCGGAGGCAGUCCACGAAAUCAAAAGCUGA